AUGCAACUCUUACAAGAAACGGGUUAUCUUGGCACCAAACCGGUUACCACUCCAAUGGAACUUAACAACAAACUCAAUAACGAAUCUGGUAAACUUCUUUCCAACCCAACACAGUAUAGAAGUUUAAUUGGUAAACUCAUAUACUUGACUAUAACAAGACCAAAUAUCUCAUUCUCAGUCAACAAACUGAGUCAAUAUCUUCAAGCUCCAAGAGAACCUCAUCUCCAUGCAGCCCACUGCAUAUUGCAAUACUUAAAAGGUACACCUGGUCAAGGCCUCUUUUUUCAUGCCUCAGCCACUGAACCAAUCCACCUUCAAGCAUUUGCCGAUGUUGACUGGGGUGCAUGUUUAGAUACUCGACGCUCAAUAUCGGGCUGUUGUGUCUUCUUAGGCAAAUCUCUCAUCUCAUGGAAAUCUAAAAAGCAACACACUGUCUCUCGCUCUUCAGCUGAAGCAGAGUAUAGAGCCAUGGCUCACGCUGCUUGUGAACUAACAUGGCUUCAUUCCAUUCUUCACGAAUUUGGCAUUUAA